GUUCCCGGCCACCGCCGGCCGGCGGCAAGGGGUCGCUGCCCGCCCAGACGGAUCCCGGAGGGAGGGUCUCGGGUUGGGGACCGCCAAGGUACAGGUGCGGCAGACUUUCUAACGACGUCUCCGUUCCAGAAAGUGGGGCUCCCCGGGCCCCCCGGCCCUCAGGGCCCACCUGGGAAGCCGGGCAAGGACGGAAUUGACGGAGAAGCUGGUCCUCCGGGUCUGCCUGGGCCCCCGGGAUCAAAAGGGACCCCGGGGAGACCAGGGAAGCCUGGAGAGGUGGGACUGCCAGGACUUCCGGGUGUGGAUGGUCUGACUGGGCGGGAUGGAUCUCCUGGACCCAAAGGUGCCCCUGGAGAACGGGGAAGUCUGGGACCCCCGGGGCCGCCUGGGCUGGGGGGCAAAGGCCUCCCUGGACCCCCCGGAGAGGCAGGAGUGAGCGGCCUCCCUGGUGGGAUUGGCCUCCGUGGUCCGCCGGGCCCCUCCGGACUUCCAGGCCUGCCGGGGCCCCCAGGACCUCCGGGACCUCCUGGACAGCCUGGGGUCCUCCCUGAAGGUGCUACUGACCUGCAGUGCCCUGCCGUCUGCCCUCCAGGCCCCCCUGGGCCUCCUGGAAUGCCAGGGUUUAAGGGCCCCACCGGCUACAAAGGAGAACAAGGAGAAGUCGGCAAGGAUGGUGAGAAGGGUGACCCCGGCCCGCCUGGUCCUGCUGGUAUUCCAGGCACUGUGGGGCUGCAGGGCCCUCGAGGGUUAAGAGGACUGUCAGGGCCACUUGGGCCCCCUGGGGACCUCGGUCCCAUUGGGUUCCAAGGGCCACCUGGCACCCCAGGAUCGCCUGGGGAAGCGGGUGACAGAGGCGAGAGAGGCCCUGAGGGCUUCCGAGGCCCCAAGGGUGACCUUGGCAGACCUGGUCCCAAAGGAAUCCCUGGCAUGGCCGGACCGGGUGGGGAGCCGGGUAUGCCAGGCAAGGAUGGCCGGGACGGCAUGCCAGGACUUGAUGGCGAGAAGGGAGAGGCCGCUCGCAAUGGUGCCCCAGGAGAGAAGGGCCCUGAUGGGCUGCCGGGCCUCCCUGGACGAACGGGGUCCAAAGGCGAGAAGGGAGAGCUGGGCAAAGCCGGGGAGCUGGGUGAGGCUGGCCCCUCUGGAGAGCCCGGCAUCCCUGGAGACGUCGGCAUGCCAGGGGAGCGUGGUGAGGCUGGCCAUAGAGGCUCAGUGGGGGCCCUUGGCCCACAAGGUCCUCCUGGGGCCCCCGGCAUCCGAGGCUUCCAGGGCCGAAAGGGCAGCACAGGAGAACCUGGCCUCCCGGGUCCCCAAGGCCUCCGUGGUGAAGUGGGUGACCGGGGCCCAGGAGGUGCUGCAGGCCCGAAGGGAGACCAGGGCAUUGCAGGUUCCGAUGGUCUUCCUGGGGACAAAGGAGAGCUGGGUCCCAGUGGUUCUGUCGGACCCAAAGGAGAGUCUGGAAGUCGAGGGGAGCUGGGCCCCAAAGGCAUCCAGGGACCCAACGGCACCAGUGGUGUCCAGGGCGUCCCUGGACCCCCCGGGCCCAUGGGCCUCCAGGGGGUGCAAGGCGUCCCCGGGAUUACUGGGAAACCUGGAGUUCCGGGGAAAGAAGCCAGUGAGCAGCGCAUCAGGGAGCUGUGUGGGGACAUGAUCAACGAGCAAAUUGCACAGUUAGCUGCACACCUAAGGAAGCCUUUGGCACCGGGCUCCAUCGGUCGGCCUGGUCCAGCUGGUCCCCCAGGGCCCCCUGGCCCCCCAGGCUCUGUCGGCCACCCUGGUAUUCGAGGGCCCCCUGGAUAUCGUGGUCCCACAGGGGAGCUGGGAGACCCUGGCCUCAGAGGAAGUCAGGGUGACAGAGGAGAUAAGGGCGCAGUGGGCGCAGGGCUGGACGGACCUGCCGGAGACCAAGGACUCCAAGGGCCACAAGGUGUGCCUGGCAUCAGCAAAGAUGGCCGAGAUGGUGCCCACGGUGAUUCUGGGCUUCCUGGCGAUCCUGGCCUUCCUGGUGCUGUUGGGGCUCAGGGGACUCCAGGGAUCUGUGACACUUCUGCCUGCCAAGGAGCCGUGUUAGGAGGGAACGGGGAAAAGUCCGGCCCUCGCAGCGCAUAGAAUUGAACUGAAGAGAGAAGUGAUGACAAUGACAACUUAAGCUGAUAGGUUGGCCAGGUCAACGACGAGGCCAUUAGGGCUGGACAGCAUGGCCAGAGUCAGUCCAGGAGGCCUUCCCGACCCGGCCUCAGCUUCCUGGUUGGCAGCUGCUGGCCUGAGGGGCCCUGAGAGCAGCAGAUGGUGCUGUGCUGGAUCCUGUCUGCAGUGCUCACAGUGGCCCAUUCAUCUGACAGCAUACCUCAGACACAGGCCCUAUGGAUCAGCUACACCCUGUAUCUGGAAGGGACGCCGGUGUGUGCGCAGAGCUCCGUACAAUCCCCUGGGACAAAUUCUGACUUGUUUACAUAGACAUUUGUGUAAAGACUAUGACACAAUCCCAAUAAAAUGAUAUAUUAAAUCUUCAGAUUAGUGACUCGGCCAGUAUAAAAUAAAGAACAUGCAGUGUCCCUUCAAUGGAAAAGUCUAGCCUGCUUGACCUAGUUCUGUGUACAAACCCUCGUCUCUGACUGACGGAAUUCACUGAAGGUGACUGCAUCACACCAGUCCACGACCUCAUCUGCAUAAAA